GUGUAAGGGAUCGGAGACGGUACACGUUCAGAUCGGAGUUUGGUUCAGGUUCAGGUCAGAUUGUAGCAAUUCUCGCCGGAAAGAUUCGUAGCUGUCGAUCAUGAGUUUCCUCUUCGGCAGUAGAAAAACUCCCGCCGAACUUCUGCGGGAGAACAAGAGGAUGCUGGACAAAUCUAUUAGAGAAAUAGAGAGGGAGAGACAAGGUUUACAGGCACAGGAGAAAAAACUGAUUGCAGAGAUAAAGAAAAUGGCAAAGCAAGGGCAGAUGGGAGCUGUGAAAGUGAUGGCAAAAGACCUUAUUAGAACACGGCAUCAGAUUGAAAAAUUUUAUAAGCUUAAAUCACAACUCCAGGGUGUGUCUCUUAGAAUUCAGACAUUGAAAUCAACACAAGCAAUGGGAGAGGCAAUGAAAGGUGUGACAAAGGCGAUGGGCCAGAUGAACAGGCAGAUGAACCUGCCUUCUUUGCAGAAAAUUAUGCAAGAAUUUGAGAGGCAAAAUGAGAAGAUGGAGAUGGUGACUGAGGUAAUGGGAGAUGCAAUUGAUGAUGCUUUGGAAGGGGAUGAGGAAGAGGAGGAAACUGAAGAACUUGUGAACCAGGUCCUUGAUGAGAUUGGAAUUGAUGUCAAUCAAGAGCUUGUGAAUGCACCAUCAUCUGCUGUAGCUGCACCAGCCACAAAGGGCAAGGUUGCGCAAGCAGAGGCAACAGGUAAUGAUGACAGUGGGAUUGAUAGUGAAUUGCAGGCUAGGUUAGACAAUUUGAGAAGAAUGUAGUUUUCUAUGGCUUGUCACCUACUUCUGUACAAUACAGACAUAUGAUGAACGGUGUAUAGUAAGUAUAUUUGGAUUGCAAUCCAGAGGAAAAUCUUGGCACAGAUAUAAAUUCAGGAUUUGAGA